AUGGAUGAAUUAUUAUGUGUAUGGAAUAGUAUAUUUUCAGAAUCAAAUGAAUAUACAUUUGGUUAUAAUGAAAAAUUAUAUAAUUUAUUAAUAACACAAGAAUAUACAAAUUAUAUAAAUUCAUCUAAAAAUAUAAAUUCAUCUAAAAAUAUAAAUCCAACUAAAGAUAUAAAUUCAUUUAAUGAUAUAAAACCAUAUAGUUUUAAACAAAUAUUACAAAUUAUACUUAAUAAUAAUGAUCCUGAAAUUAAUAUAAUACUUAAUACAUUUUUUAAUUUAAGAGAAUAUCUUAUUAAUAGUUUUAAUGAAAUAAUGAUAGAAAAUGGAUUUGAAGAAUUAUUAAAAGAUUCAAUAAAAUUAAUAAUAGUUGAUGCAUUUAAUCGUAAAUUAAAACAAAUGAAUAUAGAUUUUACACCAAUAUUAAUUGAUGUUACGGGUGUUAAAAAUAUUGAACAAUUUCUUCAAAUAAUUAAAGAAAUUAAAUUAUUAAUUAAUCAAAUUAAUAAUAUAAAUAAUAAUAUUAAUAUAAAACAAAAUAUUAUUAAUAAUGUAAUAUUAUAA